AUACCCUCCACAGCAGCGUGAUUUUACUCUGGCUCGCCUGAAGUUUUCCCACAGAUAACAGGGAAAGGGGUGGGGAAGAAAGAUUGCCCCGAGGACACCUCUCUCCUGCAGGACAUGGAGGAUCAAAUUUUAAAAGAGCUCAAAACCCACAGAACAGGCAACAAGGUGAACAGGCCAACAGAGACCAAUUCAGAGGUGGACAAGUCGGCAACACCAUCAGUGGCUCAGCUAGCAGGGAAAUUCAAAGAGCAAGCAGCCAGUAUCACUGGAAAAGAGGUACCACCGCAUAAGCCAACUCGGAGGAAACCACCAUGCUCCCUUCCACUGUAUUCCCACAAGGCCGAGACAAGCCACAACGAUGAGCAAAAGCCGUCUCCAAAUGCUUGCCCUAUGCCCAAGGUCAAGGUGAAAAGCUCCCCCAUGAUUGAAAAGCUGCAGGCCAAUCUGGCUUUUGCUCCAGCUGCCCUGCUACCGGGAGCAUCUCCCAAAAGCCCGGGUCUGAAAGUCAUGGUCUCUCCAUUCAGCACCCCCCCCUCCACUCCUAGCAGCCCCGGCAUUCAGUCCCAAUCCAGUGAACCCAACGAGACACCAGUCAGCUUUGAUCAACCCCCAGAAGGCACUCAGCUGCAAUUCUACAACAAGGUGCGGACACGGGGAUCAAUAAAGCGUAGGCCUCCCUCCAGGAGAUUCAGAAGAUCUCUGUCGGAAUACGGAGACGGGGAAGAUUUAGGGGUCAACACCUCCUCUCCAGAAAAUGGUUCCAAAGAAGAUGGGGAUGAGGUGUUUGGGCCCAAGGGCAAGACGGAGGAGGCAGAAACAGGGAGCAAAGCACUAAAGAAACAGUCAGUGUCUGAUGAGAAGCCUCCAUCAAGGAGAGGAUCUAGCAGAUCAGAAAAUGAAGAAAAAGGGGAAAAACAGGAAGAGGAAAUGACUCCUUGCAAGAAUAAUGCGGGGGAUACAGAGGAGGAGGUGAGUCAUGCCUCAGGGGAGGAGAAUGCUCCCCAGCCUCCCUCUGGAGAUAGGGAAGAGAAGGUAUGCAAGGGUCCGCAGGGAGAAGGGGAGGAAGGUAGCGCCUGUGAACAGGAAAAAGGUGACAAGAAGGAGGAAGCUGAGAAGAAGGAGACCAAUGAGAGCACAGACACACAGGGAACAUCAGACACUGAAGAAACACCAUUGGCACCUGAGAUGCUGCAGGCAGCAGCGGGCUUGGAGACUGCCAGUGAGUCUUCAACAUCACUCACACAGGACCAGGGUACAGAGCCACUGUGAUGCACAGGACAUACCCAGUCAGAACAGAGGAGACAACAAAUGAAUAGGAGCCAUCUAACCUAAUCAACGUGGAAGCUAUUGGAAAACUGUCUGUGGGAGGAGUGGAGCAGAAUACAGAUAUCCUCCGAGGUGCAGAAGCAUCCCAGAGCUGAGUGACCAGUCGCUGGCCCUCUGUUCUGACACCAUCAUCUUCUGUUACAGUCAGAGACUGGCUUAUAAUCUCUUCGGAGUUCAAAAUGGAGAUGCUGGCUGACUUUUCUUAGGGGAUAUUCAGGGACAGAGAAACCUGAUACAUGGUGUCCUGGCUGGGCCCAACAGCCACCACCACCACUUCUGGGCCCUCUGUUCCUCAAUCCUGCUGAGCUCCAAAAUGUCAUUUUCUUCUCUUCUGCGUUGGUCUUAGAUGAAGUUCAUCAGUGUAGGACCCAUAUAUAUAUGUAUGUAUAUAUACAUACAUGCACACACACACAUAUAUACACAUAUAUGUGUGUGUAUAUGUAUGUAUGUGUGUUUAUACAUAUGUAUGGUGCCUUUUCAGUAGCUUCUUUAGAAAAAUUUUGGGUUUUCAAAUUUAACUAAAUAAUGUUUUAACAACAGGAAAAAAGUAUGUUUUCUCCAUGCAUGUUGUAUGGCAUACAACGUGAAUCCUAAAUAUGGAGAAAAUUCUUUGAGAAUUGAUUAUAAAGCAUAAAAUCGCUUUGGAGUGGGGGUUGAGCUGGAUGAUCUGCAUAUGAAACACCCAGCCGUUCUGUGUGCUUCAACUUUGGGGUGUUUUUAGUACUGGUGGAAAGUAACAACCAACAGAUUUGAUCCACAGAAAAGAUGUGCUGUUUGGGCCAAUAGGGUAAGUUUUCUUCACCCAGCCCUGGCUCUAGUUCUGAUUUAGAAGGGCCACUUGUCCAUCAGUCUUUCUCACUUCCAGACCCUAUCCAAUCUUUUGAUUCUCUUCUGAAACAUGGGGCCAGUUAGUGCCAUUUGUGAUAGAAGGCAUCCUGGCUUACUCAUUAAUUUUAUGCAGGUCAAUGAAGAGGUCUUAGAUGGCCGAGUUUCAAGUCAUACGGCUUGACUGAAUAUGAAUUGGUAAAGUACAGAUAGCCGGUCCCUCCUAAUUACUUAGGAUUGGCAUUGUACUUGAUUUGCCCCCUCUCUUGGAUUAGUAGUUAAUUCAUGGGACUAGCAGCGGCUGAGCCAAAAAGCUUUUACAUCUACAGAGUAUUUGUGCUUAUAUGAAGUAAGUUAUGUAGGGGAGGAUAAACAACAGACAACAGACUCUUAUCUGACCGCUUUCCUGACAGCAGUAUUUGAGGCUGUAUCUGUAAUACUGAAUAAAAAGCAGCUCUGGCUCAAGGCCAAGGGGCCAGACUGCUUAGGUGUAGCCCUCUCUACAGCAUAUAUAUUGCCUUGGAGACAGCUAACCAGAAUUGUCAAAAACUAAGCCAAGGAGUCAACUAACAGUUAAGUGGUGUGGAUGGUUAAUGGCCAAUGCUUACACCUGCUGCCAGCCACCCGUUAUUUAGCAAUAUAGAUGCAGCUACAGAGACCAAAGACAGAACCUGCCAACUCCUCAUCAUCUUUCACAAAACUUCUCCUAGCAAACAUUAAGCUAAGCGAUGUAGGAAGUCUGUGUUGUCCCUGUCCUGUAGACAGGCAUGGGCACCUUACAGAAUACAGCCCACAUCCAUCCUUGACUGGGCUCUGAAACAUAGCAGUAUUACAAAGCAUCACCCAUGGUUUUGAGGGAUGUCCCCUUUCUGUUCACCAGCACUAAAAUCACAAGGAAAGAAACGGUUCUAUGCCCUGCCUUUCUUCUUUCCAGGUGAGAGCACUAAGGUGUCAUUUGUUGAGAGCCAGCAGUGUUGCCCCUUAUCCGUAGAACAGGCUUGUUGGCAAACAUGACCCCCACAUCCUUUUGAGCCAUUUGUGGAGUAUUGUUGCCUUUGAAUCUAUUUUGAUC